AUGCAAACGGCCCAGGGGGCCUCGGCCUGCACGCGGGGCUGGGAAGCCCCUGGCUCAAGCUGUCGGCCUUGUGGAGACCGAGACGCCGGAGUAGGUGCAGCCACGUUGAGCAGCGUGCGUUUUUGGUUGGUCUGUGACACGUGCAGUGGCCUUGCACGCAUCUCCUCAGAGACCCCUUUGGGGAAAGGGUGUUCCCAGGGGCGCCCACGGCUUGUCCUGUGAUUAACACCCCCCUCCCGUGCCCCUGCACGGUCAGCGUGCAUCUCUGUGUGUGCGUGUCAGCGUGCAUCUCUGUGUGUGCGUGUCAGCGUGCAUCUCUGUGUGUGCGUGUCAGCGUGCAUCUCAGUGUGCGCAUCUACUCGGUCAAGGUUUAUCACGAACUCGCUACGUCGGGAUGUUUUCUUCUAGCACAGAAGGAAGUGAAAGCGGACGGAUGCUUGUGAGUGCUCCAUGGCUGCAUCUCCCUCGAUUUGCUCAUCUUCUACCCACUAUAACGUGGAACUGUUCUUUGGGUCAGUUCAUCUUCUGGGACCCCUCCCUGCCUUCUGGUUAAGGAAUCCUUUCACGUGUACAGGAUGAAUCAGAAAUGGGAUGGAUGUCCAGACACCAGAAAAGUGCUGGUGUUAGACAGGAACUUCCACAUUCUUUGGAGAGACCUGCAGUACUUGAAAACUUUCCGAAAGCUUUGUAAUUUGAGUACGUCAAACCGUUGCAGUACCUGAGAUUGUUUGCUUUCAAAAUGAAGAGAACCAGGCAGGCAGUUAAAGCUGAGUACCCAGUUCUUCAAACAGAAGAAAAAACAAAAAAACAAAGGACCUGUUUUUAUGGACCAGUAUUUAGCAAGUCACACAUGCAAACUUUGGACUGGGGAAGCCUCCCACAUCACAUUCUUUUAUGCAUUUUUCAGUUUCUGCCUUUAGUAGAUCGUGCAUGGGCAUCUUCUGUUUGUCGAAGGUGGAAUGAAGUUUUUCACAUUCCUGACCUCUGGAGAAAGUUUGAAUUUGAGCUUACCCAGUCUGCUACUUCUUACUUAAAGUCUACUCACCCUGAUCUCAUUCAGCAAAUCAUCAAGAGACAUGCUAAUCAUCUGCAGUAUGUCAGCUUCAAGGUUGAUAGUAGCACUGAGUCAGCAGAAGCAGCCUGUGACAUCCUUUCACAGUUGGUGAAUUGUUCUAUCAAGACAUUAGGUUUGAUUUCAACUGCCAAGCCAAGCUUCAUGAAUGUCUGCAAGACUCACUUUGCAUCAGCGCUGACAGUAGUUUUUAUUAACUCGAAGUCGUUAUCAUCCAUCAAGAUUGAUGACACCCCAGUUGAUGAUCCUUCCUUGAAGGUUCUUGUUGCUAACAACAGUGAUACUCUAAAACUACUGAAAAUGAGCAGCUGUCCUCAUGUGUCACCCGCUGGAAUUCUGUGUGUUGCAGACCAGUGCCACGGCCUUAGGGAGCUGGCUUUGAACUAUUACAUAUUAAGUGAUGAACUGCUGCUCGCUCUUUCAAGUGAGAAACAUGUUAACCUUGAGCAUCUGCGCAUAGACGUCGUGAGCGAAAAUCCUGGACAGGUUGAAUUUCAUACCAUUAAAAAACAAAGCUGGGAUGCACUUGUAAAGCAUUCUCCCAAAGUCAAUAUUGUGAUGUAUUUUUUCCUGUAUGAGGAAGAAUUUGAUGCGUUUUUCAGAGAGGAAACCCCUGUUACACACCUUUAUUUUGGUCGCGCAGUAAGCAAAGCCAUGCUAGGUCGUAUUGGCAUGAACUGUCCAAGAUUAAUUGAAUUAGUGGUAUGCGCUAAUGGACUUCAACCUUUAGAUGAUGAACUCAUUUGUAUUGCCGAACGCUGUAAAAACCUAACAGCCAUGGGGCUUGGGGAAUGUGAGGUAACCUGCAGAGGCUUUAUUGAGUUUGUAAAGAUGUGUGGAGGCAGGCUUACCCAACUUUCUAUCAUGGAAGAAGUACUAAUUCCAGACAAUGAUUACAACCUGGACCAAAUUCAUUCUGAAGUCUCCAAACACCUGGGAAGAAUGUGGUUCCCAGAUAUGAUGCCCACAUGGUAAAUUAUAGAAGCAGACAGAACGGAUUGGAUCAGGAUACAAAUAAGGAACUCUAAAAAUGGAACAUCAAAUAUUCCAUUUCAGUUGAAAUGAGGAACUACGUGGGGAGAAAAAUAAAGCACAAAAGAGCAAUGAUGGAAAAUGACACUUCUGUUUUCUAACUAGAAUAACAGCAAGCACCCUGAAAGUAUUUCUGGGUUACGAGUGCUUCAUCUACCUGGUGGACUAAGCUCUAAUUUCUGUGACACAGGAACAGAAUGACCAAAUUUAUGUAGAAGCCUUUUGCAUGUGUUUACUGUUAGUCUUUCUGGGGUGAUUAAUCAGACUGUUCAGAACUUGAGUAUGUGAGCAAAUACUGCAGGCUGGGAUGUUAAACAAAUUCCUGAAUACUCCAGAAAGGGGCAGUGGUUAUCCCCGUACUUUCCACACUUGUUCAUUAUUUCUUCUGAAGCAUGUAGCAACAAAUGCUUGUCAUAACAGCAUCCUAGAAGAGCAUACCUAUUUCAGCCUAUUUUAACAUCUUGCAUAUAUGUGUUUAUUGUCGUAAACUCUGGGUUAAUACUACAGAAAAGUUAGAUUUUAAAUUGCACUGUUCCACUUUUUUAUUUAUAACAGUAAGUUAUUCUAUAAAUGCCAUGCUGUAUAUUUCAUUUCUUUUUUUCUUACGUAUUUAUUAACCUUUUUUUGGUAAUGUGUGUGUAUAUACUUUUUGUUAAAAUUGGUGUACCUAAGCGUUCAUAAUAGUUUAAUUCUUAGACUGGCAGAGAAGCACUUUGGAAACUCCCAGAACCUAAAGAAUAGUAACGAGAGCACAGUUAGUGCCUUAAACUUGUUGUGAAAGACAAGUUUUCUAACUUACAGACUAAACUCACUGGAGUUUGGCCCCCAUUCAUGCUGCCUGGGGACUUUCCCUGCCUGGCAUAGAGAUGGUUAUACCAUCCCUGCCACUGGUGUGGAAGCAUGCUGGUGAGGAGGGAAGGAUGUAUUUGGAGUAUAUCUGGCCUCCUAGGUUUAAUAUGUGUAACUUUUUGUUACAUGUCGGCACUAAAUGGUUUCUAAGGGAAAAGGAGAUUGUACCCUUCAUUUGGGAAAGGGUGAGGGGGUUAGUACAAAAUAGAUCAUGUAUUUUUGUGAUCAUUGUUUUACCCUGGUUGUUUGAAUGUGAAUCGUAGUGCAUUGUAUGAUAUGCACCUACAAUUCUUACCAGUUGUUCCUCCUUCCGGUUUGUAACAACAGGGAGAUUUGUAUAGUGUGUUUAUCAGUAUUAUGUUUGUUACAUCAAACCAGAAUCUAAGUAGAGCCACUUCCCCAGUUAAGCUAAAUUCUCUAUUGCAAAACUAACCUUAGUUUAGGUAUCAGCUAAAUCCUUUGUUCUCUAGGAUGCAAUAGUUUUAGGAUCUGUACACAAUGUUAAAGUAAAGGAGAUAAUUAAGACAACACCUAGUAUAUUUGUUUUGAAUUGAUGAAUAAUGUCUUUACCUAUUGCACGAGAAAAAUACUGUAAAAGGCUCUGCUUGUUAGUCAGAUGCUUACCAUCUACUUUUGAACAAAAAAACUAGGUUACAAUAUUUGCUUUUUUUUUUUUUUUUAAGGAUGUGUGUGUUUAAACUGUAAAUUUAAUAAAUCAAUCAAACAAGU